AUAACCAGAGUGACACGUCGCAAAUUCCCCAUAAUCAAGAAGAACUUUUCCGGGUGGUGAUCUCUGAAAUUGCUCAGUGAGCACCCCUAAUUAACCUGAUUUUUUGCUGAUAAUCACUCACAAUGGAAUCAAAUCAAAAAUCCGGGGAUGGAUUGACCGGCACACAGAAAGAAGCUGCUCUCCGUGCAUUAAUUCAGCGCACAGGAUAUAGUUUGAUCCAGGAAAAUGGACAAAGAAAGUAUGGAGGUCCACCACCCAGUUGGGACGCCCCACCACCAGAGAGGGGUUGUGAGAUUUUCAUUGGGAAAUUACCCCGAGACCUUUUUGAAGAUGAACUUAUCCCAUUAUGUGAAAAAAUUGGUAAAAUCUAUGAAAUGAGAAUGAUGAUGGACUUCAAUGGAAACAAUAGGGGAUAUGCCUUUGUAACAUUCGCUAAUAAACAGGAGGCUAGGAAUGCAAUCAAGCAACUGAAUAAUUAUGAAAUCAGGAAUGGACGACUCCUAGGAGUUUGUGCCAGUGUAGACAACUGCCGUUUGUUUGUAGGAGGAAUCCCUAAAAACAAGAAGAGAGAAGAAAUUUUAGCAGAGAUGAAGAAGGUCACUGACGGAGUCAUUGAUGUCAUUGUAUAUCCCAGUGCAGCAGACAAAACAAAAAACCGUGGCUUUGCUUUUGUGGAGUAUGAAAGUCAUCGAGCAGCAGCAAUGGCAAGAAGAAAACUGCUACCAGGAAGGAUUCAGUUAUGGGGACAUCCUAUUGCUGUGGACUGGGCAGAACCAGAAGUUGAAGUUGAUGAAGAUACAAUGUCAUCAGUUAAAAUCCUCUAUGUGCGAAACCUUAUGCUUUCAACCACUGAAGAGACAAUUGAGAAAGAAUUCAACAAUAUUAAGCCAGGUGCAGUCGAAAGAAUAAAGAAAAUCAGAGACUAUGCAUUUGUACACUUUAAUAACAGAGAUGAUGCAGUUGAAGCUAUGAAAGCCUUAAAUGGGAAGGUGCUGGAUGGCUCCCCUAUCGAAGUGACAUUAGCAAAACCCGUAGACAAAGACAGUUACGUUAGAUACACCAGAGGCACAGGGGGACGAGGUACUGUGCUGCAAGGAGAAUACACUUACACAUUUGGACACCUGUAUGACCCUGCCACAGCCUACCUUGGAGCUCCAGUCUUUUAUGCACCUCAGGCCUAUGCUGCUAUUCCUAACCUUCAUUUCCCUGCCACCAAGGGUCACCUCAGCAAUAGAGGCAUUAUCCGACCUCCUUCCAUUAGAGAAAUUUACAUGAAUGUACCUGUAGGGGCUGCGGGAGUUAGAGGACUAGGAGGACGUGGAUAUUUGGCUUACACUGGCCUGGGUCGUGGAUACCAGGCUAAAGGAGAAAAGAGGGGAGAAGACAAACUCUACGACCUUUUGCCUGGGAUGGAACUUACCCCAAUGAAUCAUAUUGCUUUAAAACCACAUGGAAUUAAACUUGCUCCUCAGGUCUUAGAAGAAAUCUGCCAGAAAAAUAACUGGGGACAGCCUGUUUAUCAGCUGCACUCUGCAAUUGGCCAAGACCAAAGACAACUAUUCCUAUAUAAAAUCACUAUUCCAGCCCUUUCCAGCCAGAAUCCUACUAUACAUCCCUUCACACCUCCUAAGCUUAGUGCUUAUGUUGAUGAAGCCAAGACAUAUGCUGCUGAAUAUACCCUUCAGACCUUGGGCAUUCCCACAGAGGGAGCAGAGGCUCAUGCUACAGCCCCUGCUUUUCCAGGAUACACCAUUGCUAAUCCAGCUGCUACUGUACCAGCUACACAACUAAAACAAACAGUGACGCUGGGACAAGACUUAGCACCUUAUGCAACAUAUGAAGCCUACCCUGCCUUUGCAGUGGCUACUCGUAGUGAUGGUUAUGGAACAUUUUGAAGGGUGUGUUUUGUUUAAUUAAAAUCAAUAUUUUCUUCUAAUUGAGUGCUGCAAAAGGCUAGUUUAGUCUAAUAAUUAUUGUGGCCUCAUGAUUUUAAACUAAUUUAGAGUCCAAAUUUAGAUUUAGAUGUAGUUUUAUACUUCUAGAUUAAUAGUUAUACAAUAGAAUAUAUACCAAAAAAUUUAAAAUAUCAAAUUAUCAUACUGGAAAAAACAACAACAAAUGACCUCUAUCCCAGGAAAAAGUUCUUAAAAGGUUCUCAGGUAUAUAUUACUGUGUGUGUUUACAAACAAUAAUCCAUGCUGAAAACAGAAAUAUUCCCAAUUAUGUAGUUAGUGACUUUAGCUCUGUUAUCAUGCUCAUAUUUAUGGUACACAGCAAGACUUAAAAGUAUAGAGGGGGGAGUUAGGUGCACAAGUGGGCUAUGCACAGAUGGGAGAGGAGCAAAAAGGAGCUAGAAAAAACAGAAUCCUCUUUCCAGACUGCUGAGUAGUAGUAAUGCUCCUCCUCAGCCUCUAUUGAGAUAUGAAUGGCUGGUGAGAUGAACUGUCCCUCCCCUUGAGAAACACGGCCUCUCACCCACUUGUACAAAACAAUUCACUUCCUCCACAUAGCAAAUCCCCCUGCUAUUCCUAAACCAGUGUGCCUUGGCUGCCACCCAGUCCAAUACCAAACUGCCUGGCUCUGGCUAAACUAGCUACAUUAUGUCUCAGUCUCUGUUUUUCUUUCUUCCUCUCAGCUAUGUGAAUGGAGAGAAAGGCCUUUUUGUGUCCUGGGAUGCUUCUUUUGUCCUUGGACCUCAUUCACAUAAGCCAACAGGAAGUGGAUCCUCUGCCUGCUCACCCACCUGAGCAUAAUGAAUUAGAUGUGCUCUGAUCAUGGCUAGCUUUCAUGAACCUAUGUUGGCUCAUGUGCAAUUCCAUCGUGCUAGAAAAUCCUACUGUAACCUAAGCCAAGCAAACAUUGUGUGAAAUUUAUGGCAACACUGGGUGCCCAGAAAUCCUGAACACAGCUUUAUUUCCUUUGGAAAACAUAUAUAAGCCUAUCUUCCUUAUAAAUACUAGGUUAGAGGCAUUAAAUACUCAUUUAGGUAGUUAAAAUGUUUUCAAAACUCUGGCCAGUAUAUCAAAGGCCGGGUUUAUACUGACAGUAAAAGCUUGUUGUGCUUGUCAAUGUGUGUUUCAGAGCUGAUUUGAUAUUUAAUGCAACGGAUAAGUUUCAGUCAUUGGAGUUUUCUCUAUCACCUUGCAGUGUUCAGGUCUGUAUAGAAGGAGGCAAUCUCAACAAAACAAUGUUGUAUUAUCAACUUCCAUCCAAUGGUACUUUUGACCUAGAGAGUAAAUAAUUUAGAAAAGCCUCCUGUAACUACGAAUGAUAAAAUUGAGAAAGGGAUUGCUUAUUGUGGCUGAUUUUCAGCUAAAUCAGACCAUGAGAAUUCAGAAAUGAGAUUUAAUCAUUAGGUUAGCUAAAACUCUCUGAAGAUCAGUGUGCUUCUGGCACAAAACAUUUUGAUGGGACAAAUUCACUGCUAGUAUAAGCAAGUUUUUGGAAUUAUACCCUCUUACAUUGGCACUUAAUUGCUUAUUGAACCUGCGAGCAUUGUUCUCUACCAUAGCAAUGAUGCCAGCAAAAAUUUAAAACCAGAUAAAUGUAAGAAAAUGAAACUUUGAGAACUAAUGGAAUUAAUCUGCCUUUGUUCAAAGUUUAGCAAGAUGCUGAAGCCAUAUCAAAGUUACAUGUUACACUGUAAUUUAAACCAAAUACAUAGAAUCUUCGUAUGGCCUUUUGGCAAAACUCCAGUGAAGUAUCAAUUUAAUAACUGUAAUAUCAUCUGUUGCAAUUUAUAGCUGGCCCUUGCAAUUGACUAAUUAAUUGAAUCGUGUUUUCCCACUGCAUUUACUAGUCUUCUAACAAGCAUGGUAAGAGUUUAGGCAGUGCUUAGCCUCAUUACAACUUCUGAGGGUUUCAAGAUGAUAGUAAUUUUCUGAACCUCCCAAAAACAAUUGUAGGUAAUCCUUUCAGGGUUUUUUUUUAAAUCAGUUGUUGAAAUGAUGUAAAGUCUCCAUUAGCCUGAAGAGCCAAAGUCCAUUGGCUAUAGAAUGGCAUUACACCCUACAGUUAUGGUGAUAUUAAAAUUCCCCUUUGAUUUACAGUAUGGGCCUUUUAUUGCCGUAUCAGUCACCUCUGAGCUGCCCAUGAAUAACCUGCCUCCUCUCCUAUUAGUGAAAAGACUCAAGUAUCGCAUGCAUCUUUUUCUCACACCAAAAAUGUGGAAAGCUUCCAGGAGUAAGAUACUGCAUUCCAAUUCCUAUGGGGCUCAAAAACCUUACUCUACUCUUUCACAUGAUUUUUUGUGGGAUGUAGAGCCUAAAGCACAUACAGCCCUGCCUAGUUUGUGUCCCACUGUGCCCCUAUGAUACUCGAUUCACUUUCUACCUAGUGAAUCAACGCUAGUUAUCAUAUUGUGUGCUCAGAAAGAUGUGACAUUUCUGAGAAGAUAAAUCCAAAAGAGCUUGCUGAAUGUGAGACUUAAUCUUUUUACUACUAUAAAUAUGUAAACAUUAUAGAAAAUGUAGGGCUCUUCAGUUCAAGACAAAUCACACAGAAACGUACCAGAGGCACAAGAUCUGGCUCCAACCUUUCCAAAAUUCAAGGCUGCGUCUAGACUGGCAAGAUUUUGUGCAAAAGUAUUAUUGCGCAGGAGGGCCAGUGUAGACAGACAAGUUGAUUUUUUGCACA